AAAUCCUAAUCCCAAAAGAGAGGUCCAAAAGAAACCACAUCUGUAAUAGAAAAAGGUAGGACCAAAGCCUAGAAGAGAAUUUGAUUUGAAGCAACCAAAAGAUAAAUUUUUAAGGAAAAGGAAGAAACGAAGAUGUCAAUCUCAUCUAUAUUUGGCUCUCCGGUCGUCUUAUUAUCCAAAGCAUCAUUGAAACAAUUGAAUGUUGAGGUUAAAUCAGCUCCAAAAACAGCAACAGGUAAUGGUUGGUACAGUGGCGGGUUAGUGAUAGAAUGUUCAUCAAGGCCAAAGAAGAAGGCAACAGCACAUCACAUGAAAACAAGGCCUAAAAAGAGUCAACCAUGGGAUAUAAGACGCAAGCCCACUGUUUAUCCUCCUCUACCUCCUCUUCCUCCUGAUUGGACUCUUGUUUCUUCUGCUUCUGAUAAUGGAGAUGGAGAUGGUGAUGGUGCUGCUGUUACUCAGGCUGCUUUGUCUUCUGCUCCUGCCUUACAGCCACCAAUUACGAGUGGGUAGCUGGCAGUUUGUUCUUUUAUCUUGUUUUUCUUUUGUGUUUGAGAUUUUGAGUUGGGUAUUUUCUCUUUAUGUACUGCUUGUUUUGUAUUUUCAUUGCUAAAGCUAAAACUAUCUUCAUUACCUGCUCCA